AUGUCCGGAUUGCAGGCGAGGACUGAGGAGCCAAUCAAUGGUGUUGACGUGAGGGAGCAAGGCAGCGCUUUGAGGGUGGCGACCAACACUCCUCACCUGGUGAGCCUGGGCACCGGUCGACUGAGCACCGCCGUCACUUUGCAUCCCAUCAAGCAAGGUCGAGUCACCAUCGGUUCGGACCCGACAUGUGAUAUCUACGUGGUCGGUACCGGAGUGGCCAGCGUCCACUGCCGGGUCGAGAACUCCCAUGGAGUGGUCACGCUGUAUCCGCUCAGUGGCAGCACGCUGCUGGAUGGGUUGCCGGUGGACAAGCCGACUAGGUUGUCUCAAGGAAGCAUGCUAACCAUAGGCCGGUCGAACUACCUCCGUUUCAACCACCCGGCCGAGGCGAAGCUCAUGAAGUCAGUUCUACCAUCAGCUCACGUCUCCAUGGCUCCCGUCCAGUUCCAGCCCAAUGACCAGUGUGUUACACCAGCUUACGUGAACCACCACAAUGAUAGUUACCAAAACACCAACAUACAGAAGAUAUACAAAGAUAACUCACUAACUCAUUUAGACCAAGAACUAGAUAUGACACUCAAAGAAAUGUCCAGAAAGAAACCUCCAGUCGCACCCAAAAAACCUUAUAGAGACCUAGACCAGUCAGACUCAAACUCAGACCAAGAAUCCAGGCCAAAAAUGACAGGAAUAAUGGCAAAAGUAUCAAAAUUCGAGUACUAUGCGAAGCAACAGAAAAUAGGAAGAAGUCAGUUUUACACGGCCAACGAAAAUGAAAUAUCUCCAAAAGUGUUCAGUUCAAAUUCUCUAACAGUUAAUACGCCAGCGAAAGACGUGCUAGGAGGCAAAAGUAUGCCAAAUUACAUGAAUAAAAUGAAAAACGUUUCCAUCAAUGAAAACAAUUCGAUAGACCCCAAAAAUUGUUCAUAUGCCAACGUGGCUAUCAGAAACAAAACGAAAAUCGAUGACAUUGUUAAAAACUUUAACGAACCGACUAAAGAUUACAAUAAGUUACCUAAAAAAGUCAACAAUGAUGAACAAUGUGACAAUAUAUACGGGAAAAUUAACAUAGAUAGGAAACCUGAGGAAAAAUUCAAUCAAAAUGGACUAGAAUCGGGGAGUAACGUAAUGGAAUCAAGUAAAAAUGUGAUGGAACUGGGGAAGAAUAAUUUGGAACUUUAUAAUAACUCGAAUAUUAUGGAGAAGAAUGAGAUUUAUGGGAAAAUUGAAAGGAACAAUGUGGCCAAGGGUAUCUGUUUGCCAUCGCCAGCUUUUGAUAGAAAUCCUCAAUACUCCCCUGUGUAUGCCAACACCCUGUACGACAGGAGUAUGGAAGCUGAAACUAGAAGGUUGCGGGCGUACCAGGACCGUAUAAAGGAGGAGGAGCAGAAGGAAGCGGAGACUGCCCGGCUGGAGGAGAUCCUCAACAUGUGCGCCGAGUAUGAGAGACAGAUCUCUUCGGGCAUCCCAAUAACGCCAACGGAAAAGAGACCGCACAACAAGAUCAUCACAAACGGGUCACUCCCGCGCAGCGUCGCGCUAAACAACCCCAACUUUGUACAGACCAGCGAUGGGUAUUACAAGUUUGAAACUAGUCAUAACAAGAGUUCACCAAUGAGCCAGUCUCUUCCCAUCCAAAGGAACCUCUCCAGCUAUGAGAACUUCGACACCACCUCCCCCACAGAGCUCACUCCUGAGGUCGUCAUCCCAAAUCAAAACAACUACGAAAAUGUAGGCAGGAUGGAUGAAAUAGGGAUUCCAGUCUUCGAUGAUCCUUCUCCACGAAUGCACGAUCUUUCUAGUCCCAUUAUGAUAAGAAAACUCCAUAACCAAAGUGGGGAUCGCGUCCCUAACCUCUCCUCCCCCAUAGGAAGCCCCUACGAAAACGUCUACUAUAGAAACAACGUGUACGGUAACUUAAAACCUAAAUCUCCUAACACUCAAAGCCCUAGGACUAGAAUUAAAACGACAUUUGCUCAUAAAAUGAAUCCACCUUCACCACAGUAUUUUAUAUUCCCCACUCCGCCCCCAGUAGAUAAUUCCAAAAAACCUAAUUUCGAACGGACAGAACAAGAAAAGCAAACUAGUAAUGAAAGUGACAAACCUAAAUUCGAUGGUAUUGAAAAACAAUUGAGUCUUGAAGAAGAAAUACCAAUGAUAGACGAUGAUUUGACAAAUGACUUAGAAUUUAGAUAUUCCAAAGUAGCUAACGAUGAUAAAAAGGAAGCGACUCCCGAAAAGAGUCCAGACGUAGUUAUAAAUAAAAACCAAAGUUUCGAUGACAUGAAAAAAGAACUAAUGGCAGACAUUCCAGAAUUAGAAGAAUUCGAAAAAGAUUUGAAAGAGAAUAAAAGAGAUAAGAUUAUAAAGAACAUCACAGAAGACAUUAAGAAGAUAGAUAUAGAAGCUGACUCUUUAGACAGUGCAGUUUUAGAUGACAAUGUAGAUGAAUUGAAGACUAAAUAUGAGAAAUUAAAAGAAGACAGGAAGAAGUUGGUGACGGAGAUACAUGAAAUUAAAUGCAAAAUGUCUGAAAUUAGGUUACAAGAAGAUGAUAUUUUGAGAGAGUUGGAGAUGGAGAAAGCCCUAAUCAAAGGAGAGUAUGACUCAGAAAUAGCGAUCCUAAACAUAGAGCAGAAGAAAAAGAUGGACUUAGUGGAGAGUGCAAAGAAGAUUGAAGAAGAAAUUAAGCAACUGAAAGAAAAACAAGAGACAAGGCAGAAUGAGAUGAGGGAUCGAGUUGAGAUCGCUACUUUGAAAGUUGAAAGGAUAGAGAAAGACCUCAAGAGCAAUGCAGCCACUCUUGAAGAGUUGCAGAACGCGCAGGAUAUCUUAGACAACGAGACCAAGAUCUCUGAGGACCUGGAAUUCCAACAUCUGGAAGAAGAGUCAGAGCUAUUAUCAAACAGAGAAGACAUCCAAAAUGAAAUCAUCUUACUAACAAAGAAAAUAGAAGCGCAGAAGACAAGGAUACUAACAUUAAAAUCAGAAGCUAACAACAAUCUAACAUCAGCUCUAGAUGAAACAAAAAUACUUCACGCAGAGUACGUGAGACUACUUAACUUAGUCGAAGAACUAACUGGUAAAGUACAAGCUGUAGAAAAAGAACUAAAACCUAUCGUAGCAAAACUUAACGAUAUAGAAAGAACACAGUCUCCUGAUAGCGCUUUCUUCACCGACCAAACUAGAGCCAAGUCAGGAGAAUUUGGCUAUUCCCCACAGAGCUCCGAUAGCGAUGACAUUGACCUAAAAAUCUCAACCUUCGAAGACCAUACUAAGAAUCUUAAAGAUAAAUUCAAUUCUAUAGAUCAAAUGUCCCAAUCUAUGACUGUAGACAUUGAAAGAAGAGUCAUUACUGACUUAGCAGAUACUAAUGAAAGGUACAGUGAAAGCCCUUCAAAGUCUUCAACGUCUUCGAAGGAAAAGAAAGGAUUUUGGGAAAGAAACUUCGAUUCUCUAAAACGGAAGAGUAAAAAACCAAAAUCGCCCGAAAAAGUCGACAUCAUGUCGCAGAGUUUGAACGAAAAUCUGUUCUAUAAUGAUAAUAUAGAAGCUGAUGUUAGUUUAGACAAAUUCAACAGCUUAAGGCAUUCGAAGAAGAAGGAAAAAGCUCCUGGACCAGUCAAAAGCAAUUCAUCAUCGAAAAUACCAACAUUCGCUGCUUUAGGAAAGAUAAUGAAAAAAGAUUCGUUCAAUAAAAGAUCUAGAGAGAAUAGCCUCAAAAACGAUGAGUCAGACAAGGAGAACAAUUCGAAAAACCGUUACAUUAAAAACACAAAACCAAUCAACGCUGACAAUAAAUACGUUAAAGCUAAAUCUCUAUCACCCGAUAAAAAAGAAGAAGAUAUCAUGGAAGAAGUUGAUACAGAAGAACAAAAAGCUAAAGUUACCUUUGAGAAUACACCUCCUAAAGAAAGCAGUAUACAAUCAGCUAAAAUUCUUCAUAGAAAGAGCUGUGGAGAUGAACCUAGUGUGAAAGAAUUUCAGAAAAUGGCUGAUGCUGUGAAAAUCCCUUCGCAAGAUGAUAUUGAUAGGAUAUCGAAGGUCACUAUAGAUGCUCCCAUAUUGCCGUCUGAUACUGAUAUGAAUACGUUGGGGAAAAGGACGCUGGACAGUCUGAUGGAGGUCGAAAGGAAACGCCUUGAAAUGUUGGAGGAACAAGGAUGCCAAGUAAUCGAAAACGAACGUGAAAAGAUAUCGGAAUUAAAACGCCGAGUGCAAGACGAAACGAAAAAACUUUGGAAUCAGAAGUAUCGCUCGGAACAAAGCAAGUCGUUGGAGGAGCAGUAUCACAGCUUACCCCCUCUGUUGCCGCGAGAGGAUGAAGAUAAGACUUUCGACAGAAGUGCUAUGGAAGACAGCAGCCUUAUUGAUGAUAGUUUUAUGGCGAAUUCUAGCAUUUUUGAAGAGAGUUCCGGUCUUAUGUCAUCGUCCAUAGAGGAGCUCCAAGUAAGGAAUUCGCGCACUGAAUCGACAGAGGAUGACAAACGCAGCGACGACAGCCGGCCGCUCAGUCACGCAUCGGAUUUCAGCAGGGAUAAUAUCCUAUCACUGAGUUCAGCACCGCGGCGCAGUCGACGUGGCGUGGCGCCGUACAGCGAGUCCCAGCGCCCUUUGACGCGGUACCUGCCUGUCGAUAGAGACGACUUCGAUCUCAGGAGACAUGUCGAAUCUGCUGGUCACCAAAUAGAAGUGUGUCCGUAUCUGACGGUCACUCCGACCUCCUGUCGCGGGUACCUUCACAAACUCGGCGCCAAGUUCCACACAUGGUCCAAACGGUGGUUCGUUUUCGACCGCGAAACGAAAACGUUCGUCUACUACUGGGACAAGAGCGAGAAGAAGCCGAGAGGGGGAGCCUACUUCCAGGUAAUAGAAGAAGUAUACCUAGACCACGGGAACACAUCGAAAUCACCGAAUCCUUUAACUACAUUCAUAGUCAAGACGAGACAACGUCGCUACUACCUCAUGGCGCCCUCUGGCGAGGCAGCGAGAAUAUGGAUCGACGUUAUAUUCACAGGGGCCCAGGGCUAUACCGAAUAUUUAGAAUGA